UGGGGUUUUUAGAAUUGUCUCUAUGAGUAUUAGUUGCCUGUGGAAAAAAGUACAGUCAGCGAUAAAAGCUUGUAUCAAUAAUGAAUUUUUUGCCAAAAACUUAUUUUACAAUUAAUAACAUUUUGACGGUAUAUAAUACAGAAUUCCAAAAGGUUAUCAAGGUAGCAUGCUAUACGCGGCACAUCUCUGAUAAAGUAAACCUUUUUAUUCAGAUCUCUAUCUCGGAUCUCCAUUGGUUAGCAAAGCCUCGCGUCGUAUAGUUGUGUGCGCCGGCCUUAACUUAAACCGCGAAGAUAAACAGCGCCUGAAAGAUUUCUAGACCGUUAUCACUCACGCCGCCUGCCUCACGUUCACACCACUAUUGACACAGAUUGCUCCACAAUCUCGCCUGCGACGGACGUGUUCUCUUAUCUCCAAGAAUUAAAGUUCAAAAUAACACAAAACAUCGCUAAAACAAGAAUCCUUUAACUCUAGAUAGCGAGGAAUGGUUUAGAAUUUAUUUCCUGCUGAUUAGAGCUUGUUUUCCAAUGUAAAUGAAAAGCUACUCAGUAUCGUUGGAAUUAGAACUGAAGUGCAUUGAAAUUAAGUCGUUAUUCGUUUGAAGGUGAUAGGUAAAUAGUGAUGUGAAUAUAGUUAUAAAGAGAGUUGAAUGAAAAGAGAGCUCUUUUGUUAUUUUAUAAAUAAGUGCUGUGAUAUUAUUUAAAAUGGUGUACACAAUAGGAAGUCAAAGUGUGGAAAUAAGUAAAGUUGUUAGCAAAGGAAGUGUUUGGAAGGAGUUACUGUUUGCUUUCAUAGCCAGCGUUCCAUUCUUCACACAAGGAAUCGAAACGGACGCGCUAACAUCGACCGCGCACGCUGGCAACUUCGGGUCCCAGGCGCCUGGCGCCCACGUGCCGGGCACCCAGGUGACGUGGGGGACCACGGCGCACGUGCUGGCGGCCGCGGUGGCGGCCCCGGUGCUGUGUUGCGUGAUAGAGCGGUUCGGGCGGAAGGUCGGGAUAUUCAUCGUCAGUUUAGUGCAAGGGAUAUCCUGCAUACCCCUUCUUUUGGACGUCAACGAAAUCAACAUCAUAGCUCUACACAUACUAGCUGGCAUAUCAUCAGGUGGCCUGUAUACAAUCUUCCCGAUAUACAUCCGAGAGAUAAGUUCCAUACAAAACAGAGGGUUAGCUCUCUCCCUGUUCAUGCCAAUGACGGCAGCAGGGUAUCUGAUGAGACUGGUAACGGAUUUGGACGCGCUGAUGUUUUUGAUGGUGGCUCUUGUGGUGGUUCAAAUGAUCACGGUGUUCUGUCUAGUGGAGUCCCCGAGUUAUUUGGUCAUGAUUGGGAAUCCUGAGCGAGCAAAGCUAACAGUGUCGAGAUUAAAAUGCCUGCUGCCCGAGCACCCGACCGUGCUACGAGAAGUCGCCAGCUUGAAGGAUGAAAGCGACAGAGCGAGGGCUGCGGGGAAAUUGCACACGAUAACAAUAAUUAAAAACCCGAUAUGGCGCGACGCCACCAAAAUCGGCUUGGUCCUCCACAGCACCAUGAUCCUGUGUGGCAGUAUCAUCUUCUUGGAUCAGCACAAGACCCUGGUACAGCUGGGGUCACCGGCAGAUCCCGACAGGGUGCUCACUCUGGCUUGCUUCUGCGCUGGCAGUUUACUAUGUACAGUCGUCAUACGAGUAACGGAAAGAAAUUACCUCCUAACCGGCGCCUUCUUCGUGAUGGCUGUAUCAAUGGGCACGCUGGCGGUAUACACGCAGGCUGAUCUGACUGUGUACACAAACCGCUGGGUACCCGUGGCCGCGCUCGGAGUACUCGUAGCAGCGUACGGCGUGGUUUGGGGGCUACCCGCGCUUGUGAUAACGGAGCUGUUUAACUGUGAGAUCCGAUCGCACCAGCUAGCCCUCCUCUACGUCUAUUCCCAGCUCAUAAAACUGGUGCACGUGUACAGCUACCCCCACAUCGAGGCGUACAUCGGCGUGUACACCAUGUUCUAUAUAUUUGUCGGAAUCAACCUGUUUGCGGCGGUGUACUGUCUGUUCCAUAUACCGCAGCUCAAGAACAAGACGACGAGACAGAUCGAAAAGCAACUGAAGAGAGUACCGCUUUUGAAUAUUUAACUACGAGUAGUAAUAUGAGAAUCUGAUUUGUACAACAGUUAAGGUGAUGUUCGAAUGGCAACUGCAGCUGCAUUACUGUUACGAAAUUGCUGCUACAGCGUUGAUGCUGUAUCUGUCAAUUUCCUUAAUCAAAUUGAACGUCAUAACCGCGGAAGUAAUGCGGCGGCGACCGUCACUUAUUUUAUUAAUAAAAUUUACAGAUACAGAGGCCUAGUUCAAUCCGCAGCAGUAAUGCAGCUGAAGUUGACAUCCGAAUGUCACCUUUACUCUGCAGCGUUGCUGGUGUAGCGUCAUACGUCAUAAUCGCGGCAGAUAUCACUGUAAAUUUCCUUGAUAUUUGCUAUCACUAUUGCAGUACUGUAGUGAUUAGAACGUUCAAUACUCAACUAAUUGUAUCAUAGAGAUUGACAGUGACAUUACCAGUUUCUAGCUGCUGCCGCAUAAAGCAGCCUGACUUAACCAGAUCCUUAUACAGUCACGUCGAAUAUACAUAGAGUGUGGGAAAAAUGAAUGGGUCCUGGAGAGAAAGUGCCUUUGAACCUCAAGUUAGCUCACAAGGAAAGGUACCCAACUGUCCGGUUCCGAUUUGAUUUAUAUUUAUAUAUGUUAUAGAGUAGUCUAAGUUUAGGAAAACUUGAGUUUAAGCAGAUAUAACAAAACACUUGUACAUUAUUUUUUCCUGUUCUCAAACAUAUACUCAAACAAGCCAUUAACUAGCAAGUUGCUUGAGCAUCACUUUCUAUAGGAGUUAGAAGAUUUAGUAACUUUUUAGUACUUUGGAGGACAAUUUCUCCCAAUAGUUUGAGUUUCGGCAGCUAAAAAAAUACGUGUCCGUUAUUUUAGACUACUCUAUAACAUAUAUAAAUAUAAAUAAAAUCGGAACCGGACAGUUGGGUACCUUUCCUUGUAAGUUUGGAAUUACAAAUGGAACGAAUACCUGGAACAGUCAGUCUAAGCAUAGAGAAAUAAGUAAGCAUUGAGUGUUCAAUCCAUACAUCAGUUUUCUUACCAAAACGCAUAUUAUUUUCGGAGUAAUGUAGCGUUAUGUAGAAGAUAUAUCAGUACCGUUACUUGACAAUAGAUAACACUAGUGUCGCGACUGACGAAAAGUGUAUUGCUCAACAAUUGACAAUUAAUAUUACAGGCAGAAGGAGUUGAAAAUAGAGUUCCGGUUAUCGAUUAUAGGUUAUAAUAUUAGCUGAAAAGUAGAAAAGUAUAUAUGCCCUAAGCAUACUAAAAAAGAACACAAACUUCGAGUGUGCAUUAUCCGCAUACUACGCAUAUGCGUGCGCAUGGCUUCGGUACGCUGUAGUCCUUUGGGGUGAUAGUGUCGAGGCCGAGCAACUUUUUAUAAUGCAGAAGAAGUGUAUUCGAAUUUUAGCGAAUGUGCGUAUACCAGACAGCUGCCGUCCGUACUUUGUCCGCUACAAACUAUUAACACUGCCCUGCAUCUAUAUAUUGCAAGCUGCUAUUUUUGUUCGCAAAAACUCUCAUUUAUUUGAAUUAAAACAGGAUAAGGAAACAACUAGAGCACAGUAUAGGAAUAAAUUGCAACUACCUCAAACCAAACUACAAAUGUGUAGAAAUAGUCCACAUUACAAAUGUAUCCUAAUAACUAAUAAAAUUCCAGACUCGAUUAAGCAAGAACCUGAAAAUGCGACCUUCAAAACUAAAUUAGAAAUAUUA